ACGAGUCUCUCGCUCGUCAGACUCGUCCCAAAAAUGCUGCUACGCUCCACAUAUUUGGAUUACUUGUGGCUUUAGUCGAGGUGAGCUGGAUGAGAGUAAAAAAACAGGAAGCUUCCUUGUUUCCUGGCAGGAGAAGAAGAGCAAAAGCCAGGUGAAAGUAAAAAGAAAGUUGUUUGCAAACAUGCUGGGGAAUAAUGGAGUAUAUGCAACCAAGAGGAGGAAGAAGCCUGAGCAGAAAAAUGUAAAACCUCCGCCUGUCAAGACCAAUCCGUCCAAACGUCACCGGGACCGUCUGAAUAUAGAGCUGGACCGUCUGACCAGCAUGCUGCCCUUCUCCGACGAGGUCAGAGGUCGCUUGGACAAACUGUCGGUGCUGCGGCUCAGUGUGGGAUACCUCAAAGUUAAGAGUUACUUCCAUGCCGCGCUCCAGAAGAACACGAGGUCGGCUCCUCUCGUCCCUUCGAAUGGCAGCAGAAACGGACAAUCUGUGUCGCUGGAUGGAGUCAGUUUCUCAGAGGGAGAUCUCCUUCUACAGGCGCUGCAUGGUUUGGUGUUGGUCGUGACGACUGAUGGCACCAUCUUCUACACAUCCUCGACGAUCCAGGACUUCCUGGGCUUCCAACAGUCCGAUGUGGUCCAUCAGAGUGUGUACAAUCUCAUUCACAUGGAUGACAGAGAGAUGUUCAAAUGUCAGCUCCACUUUGCCUUCAACCCCAGUGAGACCGACUCCAAUAUGAGAGCUCAAGAUACGCAGUCUGGCAUUAGAGCCCUGAGCAGCCCUGAGAGUUUCUUGCCUCAGUACAUCCCUCCAGAAAACUCCUCCUUCCUGGAAAGAAGCUUCUGCUGCCGCCUUCGCUGCCUGCUGGACAACACCUCUGGAUUCAUGGCUCUAAACUUCAACGGGCGUCUGAAGUACCUCCACCUGCCUGAAAAUGCAGGAGCUGGUGGGACGUUGGCUCCUCCACAGCUGGCUCUGUUCGCCAUCGCCACUCCUGUGCAGCCUCCUUCGGUCAUGGAGAUCCGAACCAAGACCCUCAUCUUCCAGACUAAACACAGGAUGGACUUUGCUCCCAUAGGCGUCGACACCAGAGGGAAGCUGGUUUUGGGUUAUUCAGAGAUAGAGCUGGUCACAACAGGAUCUGGCUAUCAGUUCCUCCACGCUGCUGACAUGAUGUACUGCGCUGACAAUCACCUCCGGAUGAUGAAGACCGGAGACAGCGGCUUCACGUUCUUCAGGCUGUUGACCAAAACGGGACACUGGUUGUGGGUUCAGGCUUCUGCCAGGAUCAUCUUCAAAGGAGGGAGACCGGACUUCAUCAUCGCUCGCCAGAAAGCCCUCACAAAUGAAGAAGGAGAGGAACAUCUGCGCCAGAGAAGACAGCAGCUCCCCUUCAACCUCACCACCGGCGAAGGAGUCCUAUAUGACUUUUCUAUGGAUACCUUCUCCAUCCCCGGCCCCGGUUCUCCAGACACCACGGAGUCCGCAACAGAGAAACCCUUGGACCCCACCUCUAUCCUGGGAUCCCUACGCCAGCAGGACCAAUCUCUUUACACCAAGCCGCAGACGUCCAGCCCCCCGCUGCCAGUCUUCACCCAAACAGAUGAUGCUGAUUUUGAAGAUCAGCCCUUGGAGCAAGCCUUCCUGGACAGCCAUGCUCUGCUCAGCGUGCCGGGUCAGCUCCAAGCUUCACAGAACAGGUCCAGCAUGGGAGACCUCACAUCGCAAGCCAUGAUUGACUCGCUGGAGCAGAUCUUGGGAGAUAUUGGGGACGGAAUGUUAGAGGAUCUUGAAGUGGAGGAGGAAGAGCUGAGGGACUGGGAGAACACGCUCUUCAGGAUGAAUAAAGACAGAGGAGACGAAUCGAGGGAACUAAAUCAAAUCCUGGCCAAUGACGUGUUUUCGUACGUGGAGGAGGCUCUGAGGAGAGAGACAGGUGGGCCUCAUGAUGCUGACGCUCAGAUUCAAACGCAGCAUCCUGCGUCUGUGCUUUCAAAUCAUGAGCAUCAGUGGCAGAACAUGACAGACAGGAAAUCCAACCAGAGUGGAUUUGCACAGCAGACUCAUUCAGCAGGACUGAAAGGAGUUUCUGAAGUCGCGUCCCGAGGUGCGGCAACCACACAGUGUCGUAACACUCAGCAGGGACUCACCUCUACAGUGUGGCCCCCAAACAGCAGCAGCACUCAGCACUGUGGCACCCAAAUGACUUCUACACAGUUGUGCUGCUCUUUUCAUUCACAGCCAGAAGUGACAGAUCAACCUUGGCCACCAUUCACACAAAACUCGCGCUACCAAAGUGUACAAUAUAUGCAGAACGGCUCUGGUUCACAGCAGACUUACGUGGAGUCUUCUGGUGUGGCCAUGUGGCAACAGCAGCAGCUGCCGCAAAGCUUUCACCAUCACACACUCACACAUUCCUCACACACACCAGGCAGCGUGAACUCAGCGGCUCAGACCUUCCAGCAAACGCAGCGAUUAUCCAGCAGCUGCAUGUAUAAAAAAAGAGACGUUCACAUACCGAACUCUGCUACUGUUCCUCCCCGAUUAAACAGUCCUCUCCUGGGACCUGCAAGCUCCGGAAGUUCUGCACAUGUUGCAGGGACGAACAUGAACUCUCCCUUCAUCGGAGGCAUCUGGCCCGCCGCUCCUAAUCCGGGCGUGAUACAGUCGUCCGGCCCCGACGCUCACAUGGCCAUCUGUGCAGAUGUGGGCAACAUCAGUCUGGGUCAUCUGAGCGGAGACAACUCGAACUAUCCUAAUCCUAACCCUGAAAAUGGAUCAUUACAGUCGUCAUUCUUCUGCUGGAGCGGUGAAGCUCAGAUCCCCAAAGUUGCCAUGAAUGGCAUCGUCGACCUGUUCGCCUUCCCCGCCCUUCCUGCCGGGAGCAUCAACCUUUCCCAAAACGCUGGCCCCUAGCCGCACUAACACAUUAUUCUUCUUGAUCUGCCUCCACACACACACACACACAAGGAUAUCCAACGAUUGAGGAUACUCCAUUAUAUAUUUUUUACACAUGUAGUGUCUGCUGUGGCUCACCAAGAUUUAUUAACCUUCAUCAUUUCAAACAAAAAUAGACUCUUUGCUGCUUUACAGUCUUUUGCUGAUCAGCUGUUUUUGACUCUUCACAUAUUUAUCAAACAACUUUUUUCCUAAUAAUUAGCUUUUAACACAUAUAUAUAUAUACAUAUAUAUAUGCUGCAAGUAACCAAACAAUGUUGAAGUAUCACAACGGAGGCUGGAACCAACAGGAUUUAAUCACACAUGGACUUUUCAGGAGAGAAAUCGUGACUUCAGUUUUUCCUUGUAUAACAUAAACUGUGAGGAAUAUAUUAAAUAUUCAACUUCUCUUCCUAUAGAGACGGAGCUUUUCACAUCAGUGUAACUCUUCAGACUGUUUCUCACAAUGUGAAUCUGUGAUGUACGCUUCUUUAUUAUCCAUUUAUAUCCAGUUUAUAUAUCGUGUAUCAUUGAGAGGCAUUUAGAGGAUACAUCCAGAGCUGCAACUAACAAUUAGUUUCAUUAUCGAUGGAUCGAUUAGUUGUUUGUUCUAUAAAAUGACUGAAAAUGUUGAUCACAGCGAUCAAUAAUCUAAAGAUAUUUUGGUUUACUAUCAUAGAAGACUAAAUAAAACAGAAAAUAUUCACAUUUCAGAAGCUAGAAUCAGAGAAGAUUGACAAAAUAGUGGCAGAUUAUUUUUUCUGUUAAUCGACUAAUCAGUUAAUUGACUAAUUGUUCUUCUUCUUAGAAAAAGAAGACUUGAGUUAAAGCUGUUGACUUUUUAGUAUCAUUCAAUCUUCAUACUGUUUAAAAGCAAAGCAACUGUUUGCUCUCAAUAGUGUUUAAUUAAAGUAAAUGAGGCUUCUUCUUGCUGUCGUUGUCGUUGUUCUUGUUGUUGUUGUUCUUGGUGUUGUUCCCCUUGUUCUUGUUCUUGUUGUUCUUCUUUUUGUUCUUGUUGUUCUUUUUGUUCUUGUUGUUCUUCUUGUGCUGGUUUGUUGUUGUUCUUCUUGUAGCUCUUGUUGUUCCUCUUGUGCUGGUUUGUUGUUCUUUCUCUUGUAGUUCUUCUUGUUGUUGUUCCUUUUGUAGUUCUUCUUGUUCCUCUUGUAGUUGUUUGUGUUGUUCUUCUUCUUGUUGUCCCUCUUGUAGUUCUUCUUGUUGUCCCUCUUGUAGUUCUUGUUUUUGUUCUUGUUGUUGUUCCUCUUGUUGUUCUUCUUGUUGUCCCUGUUCUUGUAGUUCUUGUUCUUCUUCUUGUUGUUCCUCUUGUUAUUCCUCUUGUAGUUCUUCUUCUUGUUCUUCUUCUUGUUAUUUCUCUUGUAGUUCCUCUUGUAGUUCUUGUUGUUGUUCUUCUGCCUCUUCUCCUUCUUGAACCCAACCAAAGGGAGUUUCGUUGGUUUUUUGUUUGGACAAAUUGAGCUGUGAACCUAAAAGAGAGUGAAAUGUAGGAACUAAACUUUUUGUUGGAGAGAAUUGUGACUGAGCCGAAUGUUCCACAUCUGACCGUCUCAGAGUUACGAUUACAUGUAGACUUGCUGAUUAUCUGGCAAACGAUUUUCAAAGAACUACAGUUUAGUUUUGUAUUGAUUAAGCAUGUUAGACAUGCAACGCACAUAAUACAGUAUUAAAGUACUGUAAAACAAAAAACAACAACAAAAACCUUGAGCAAGGGUUAAAAACACUAUAUUAAGAUAAAUACAUCUAAGAUAAAACUUCUGUAGAUACUUUUAGAUAAAGUUUAGAGAUCAGCUUUACUGCUUACAAGAAAUUCCACAAAUAUUUGGGUUAAUUUGGGCUAUGAAAUAAUAAGUCCCCAUCUUUAAUAAGCAGUAUAUAAACACUUAAAUGUUUAUAAUUGUUUAUAACACACUAUAAUCCGGUUAUAAGCAGAUAUAAGGACAUUUUUAAGUGUUUCUUAGUGUAUAUACACAUGAUUAUAAGUGUUGACCAUGAGGGAUUUACAACUUACACAUUAUACCACCACUGUAAUCACAUUUAAUGAUAUAUGAUUAAACACAUGAACAAAUUACAGGGUGUUAUAAAACAUUUAUUAACUGGUUACACACAUGCACCGUCGACAUGGUGAGGUUGAAGGUUUGGUAACUGUUUUAAAUCACCUUAUUUAGCAUUUAUAAUCAGUAAAUAAAUAGUUAAUAUAUGUUUAUUACACACUAUAAUGUUACUGUAAGCAGAUAUAUAAGUGUUUAUCAUUUAAUGUUUGUAUAUAAAUGCUAAAUAGGUGUACAUGCACUUAAAGUAAAGUUCAUUCUUAACCUUAGAAAUUUGACAAAGCUGCAUCUCAUCAGCAACUGAAGUUUGCUCAGUUUUCUCAAACAGUGAAGAAGCGCCUUAAAAAAAAGGAUAAUUACACCGAUUCAACAAUUAAUGUAGUUUAUAAAUACUUUUAAAUACUAAUUUUAUAUAAUUAUUUUUUUCUGAUUUGUCUGUUAUCCAUUAUUUCUUCAUACAUCAUAUUUAGUUAUAGUUGUUGACAGAUACAUUAAUAAACACUUUAAAAUGUCCUUAUAUUUGCUUACAACUACAUUACAGCUUCUUAUAAACCAUGUGUUAGUUGUUAAUAUGCUGCUUAUAAAUGCUAAAUUAAAGUGUGUUUAAUUUUAACAGUGAAUUAGUGGCUUGGUAAACAUUUUACGUGUUGUGUUUGAAGGUAAUGGACUUGUGUCAACCAGUAUAAUUUCCAUCAUUUCGGAGGUCUUUAUGAUGUUUUCAGUUCUACACGUUGAUCUGGGAGACAGACGGCAGCUCUAAAGCUCACUGUGAAUAGCUAUAAAAUAGGGAGUGUGAUUCAGAACUGUGUAAAACCAAACUGCACACUAUUUAAAUCAUCACGUAUCCAUCUCAGCUAUAUCUAUCAAAGAAGAACUUGUCAAAUCUGUUCAUGCAUUUUUAUUUUUGUGCCUGUAGCACAUAUAUUACCUGUAUUAUUCUGCUUCUGUAAUUAUCGGUAAACUUUAAAACACACUCUGUAGCUGCUUUGUAUUCCUUAUGUACAAGAUAAAAAACCAUCGGGGGACAAGUUUUAAUUUAUUUUUCAAUUAAAAAGAAUUGUA